AGAGGUGGAGAACCGUCUGGUGCGGCUGGAAAACGGGCGCCUGCGGAAGCCGGGCCGCGGCGUGAGGAGCAGCGUGCAGAGCCCGCGGCAGGUGCUGCGCCCCCGGUGUCCCCGUCCACUGCCACGGCGCCUCCGACCCAGCCCCCGCGCCAUCUGGCCCCCACCGCUUCAGCACAGCCUCUAGAGCAUCCAUCUGACUUGGAGACCGAGGGCUCUUCUGACUGGAUGACUGAAGACUGGACGGCUGACAACUCUUAUUCUGACAGGAAGACCACCCCGGAGAGUUUUUCAGUUAACUGGUAUUAUUCGGCGUCUUCUGUCCCUACAGUCACAGGCCUUGAUGGCUCAGGCCCUUCUGUUUUGGCCCGCUCCUGGUGGUGGGCGGCUGCCAAGGCCUUUCCCACCUGAAAACACUGCGAAUCCCACCAAGAGCAUACUUCCUGCCACCCAUCAAAGGCCUCUUUCUGGGGAGGUCGCACAGACAGGAGCAUGGAAGCUGGGAGCCCCUCUUUGCUUAACCCUGACGUCCAGAAGCCCCUGGAAAUAGAGAGUGCAAAGAGAAUGGAAUCGAAGAUGUGUAAAGAAAAAGUAAAGGAUGUAUCGUUUAAAAAACACAUGAGCCCCGACUACCGCCUGAAUUCUUCCGGGAUGUUAAAAUCAGUCAGUCAUGAGCAGACCACCACAGUUCCCCAGCCGUACUGGAGCAAACCAGAGCAGCUGUCCAGUCCUCAGCAGCUCAUAUAUCCCAAGGCCUUGGGGGAACAUUUACUCCAGAAACGUAUCCAGCUCUUCUGGGGCCUCCCCUCUCUGCACAGCGAGUCCCUGGGGCCUACUGCCUGGGUCUCUGGGAGCUCUUCCGCAGUACAGUCUUCUGUUUUAUUCAAUAGAAUUUCUAAUGCCUGCCCAGUUCAAGUAUCCUCACUGUGCUCCCAGCCCCUGCCUUCGCCCCACUCUGAGGCUCAAUCCCAGGCCCCACCUCUGGUCCCAGUCCUCGCCCAGAUCCCUCUUCAAUCCUCUUCACCAAUCCCACCACCACCUCCUUCUACAGCCCAAAUUAGGGCCUAUGGAAUACCUUGCCCUAGUGCCCAAAAUGAAACACAAACUUUCAUCUCAGCUGAAAUGGAACACCUAGAAUCACCCUUGUUGCAAAAGCAACUGAAAAGUUGGGGAGCUUCACCCUCUGUGGCCAGAGGGUCUCAGGGGUCAUUUAGUCCUCUUAGUCCCAACCUUCCCCAGGACAGCAGGGCCUCUGAGGUCCACAAAUCAGACUCCAUCCUUCCUGGGGAUGUUCCUAGCAGAACUGAGCUCCAGAAACAACUGGAACAGCACAUUCGAAAAAGGGUCACCCAACACAAGCGGAGUCUGCCCGGCAGGAUCCCAGAGUCUCAGGACCUGACACAGCCUCGGGGAAAAUUACCAGGAACAUGUCAGGCAAAGGGCCAGCAUGGACCCUCAUGGCCUUCUGUGUUUAUAGGUGAAAGCAGCAAGGAUAUAAAGAAGAUGGGAUGCAGGCAUCAAGAAAGCCGCUGCACGAGGGCUCCAGGAAAUUUCUAGUUAGGGAAGUACCUGGGCAAAGGGCUGGGGCAGGUGCCAAAAUAUGAUAUAUCCCAAGGCUCAGAAAAACCUCCAGUGAAGGUUCUCCGGGCAGGCUCUGAGAAGGAGUUAAAAAGUGAUUCGAUGAGCUACUCAGGGAGUAACACAGGAAACUACAUACGAAGGAACCCACAUAAGAAACAGCUAGAAAACACCCUGAAUGUCCAUUUGGGCAGAGAGUCGGAACACAUUACCGAGGGUCGGAUUCCUGUGAGUGUAGGCCAUUCCUGGCUUACUGCCACCCAUACUUUGCCCAAGUCUGACACUUACGUAGAAACUGAAAAUCUGGUGUCCUCGGAGUGUCAGGCACAACACAGGAACACUCCUCAGGAGUUUUCAUUCCUCACUCCGGGCACAGGGCAGGCCCUGGAGACAAAUACUAAAAGAUUUUGUGUAAGGCACAAGUGGGGCCUAUCCAUUCAGGCGGGUAAGCCCGUGAACCUCAAUUUGAGUGAGAAUCAAUCAUUGCCCCUUUCCCAGUAUGAAUUUCCCUCAGCCACUCAUGAAUCUUGGACCAGGUCAGGAGCUGAGGCUGCCAAGUUCUGGGGAGAAAACCCACAGGCAGACUGGGGAGAGAAGAUGACAGUAAAAAAAUCAGACCCCCCCCUCCGCCCGAUAGUCCUUUCCCUGCCCCCUCACCUAUAGGGUGCAGAAAUACAGGGGGCUCUGAGACAAAUUCCACCUGAUAAUGACCCUAGGCCCUUAGAGGCCGCUCAAAGUAGGCAAGAGGGCAGGCAGCCUUUUCAGUCCCUCACACCCAGCAGUGUGGGCAGAGCCUCCAUGAUCAGGACUGUCCUGGGGGCCCAGAGAGGCAGCCUAGAGCCAACUCCAAGUCAGUCAGUCACCAAGAAGGGGCCAGGGAAGGAGAGCGCGAGUCGUGCCCUAGGAGGCCCCAGCCCUAGUGUAGCAAGGUUGGAGACGGGCUAUGAAUCCCAGUCUUCAAGAGACCAAGAGACGAGGGAGGCAGUAGUGGCUAAGGAGUCCACUGCACCACAGCUACAAGGUAGAGACAUCUUGAGAACUAGUGUGCUGGUAAAAUCCCAGAACGUAAGUGUGGAUCUGAGGGGUUUAGGGGCUCCAGGGACUAGUAAAAGCCCCUCAGCUCCUGGAAUGCCUGUUCAAGAACCAGGAAAGACACACCUUAAAGCACAGGUGCUUAAUGAGGAAGAGCUCAAUAUGGAGUUAGAGACAGUGACCCAACCUCAAGACUGUCCCACUGAUGUGCUUCUUCAGGACUGUGCCACUGAAAUGAUUCUCCAAGGCUGUGCUGCAGAUAUUUUGGUCUCUUAGCCCUCUCGCUUCCACCCAAAGCGUGUGGCCAAUAGGGACAUGGCAGCCCCGGAAGUGGUAAGUGAGUUCACGGUAGCCAGAGGGAGGAGCCUGGGGCAGCAGGACCCAUGGAAGAACCAGAAGAAGAUUUCUGCCCCCACUGAUGAAAGAAAAGUUUUUAGGAGGUGCAAACCAAAGGAGCAUGAAGAAGGGCUGGCAGGGUUGGGGGCCUCCCCAGCCAGAGGGAUGAGCCAGCCUGCCCAGGAUAAGAGGUCAGUAGAGUCCCUUGACAUCAAGUCCCCGCAGCUGCCAGCAGAGAAAGGACAUGCUCCUCCAGAAGGCCACAUCACAAGGAGGACAAGGAACUUUCUUCAAAGCAUUUGCCCUGAUAAGAGAGACAAAGGGCGGGGUGAUCCUGUCCAAAAAGCAAAGGGAACUUCAGCCUCUGCCUGGAGCAAUGGAUCAGUCAAAAGCAGAUAAGUGUUUAUGGACAGGGAGGCCCCUGAGUUUCAGGCCCUUGUAAAGGCUGUGGCCAGAUCUUAGAGAAACUUAGGCCUCAGCAAGCAUUUUAUGCCUCAAUGUUAAAACAGCAAACAGAGAAAACCCAGGAAAGUCAGGACCUGGUUGGUGGGCAUCUAUCCUACCGCAAGGUUCCCUCUCACGCAGAGCACAGGAGAGAAAUGAGUGAUACAGUCAGGAACAAAUGGAUCCAUGAGGGGUACAGAAAUCCCUACCCAAUGGUGAAAUUGAAGACCAGUGAUCGGGCAUUGCCUUCCAGGGGGUUUGUGUCCCUAGUCAGUGCUUGCCAGCACAGACCAAGAAUGUGGGGUGCCUCAGGAUGCCCUCACCACUCAACAUUCUGACAUCAGGAAGGUGUCUGUCAUAGUCAACCAGCAUUUUUUGGUAGGAAUAUUCUGCCCAUGCAAAGAAAACCCAUUUAUUCUCAUGUUACCACAUUCCAUAUGUGCUAACCCUUCUCCCAGCCGAUAUAGUUACUGUUCCCUAAUACAUAUGUUUUUACUCAUGAGAGGAUUG